CUUUUGUUUGUUACAGACGAUGUCAAACGCAACAUCUGAAACUGGUGAAACUAAACACAGUUCUGCACAAUAUGAAAUUUACAAUCCAGAUUUGUGUCAGCAAUGAGUAAACAGACUAUGGAUCCUCCACUGCAAGGUGAAGAUGGAACCUCUUCUGAACACAGGCCAGUCCAGCAGAGGAGAAACUCAAUAGAUCAGUCGAUUCAUCUUAAAGAUGGCAGUUCUGAACACAGAAGAAUGAAAUCAGACUCAUCAGAGUCCAGCUGUGUGUCCAAGAUCAGUGUCGGGUCAAAGAAUAUAGAUCCUCCUUCUUUUGGUGGUUUCAUCAAGUCUGAACACAGACCUCACCAGCAGGAGAGACCAAGCUCACCAGAGUGCAGUUGUGUUUCCAUGAGGAGUGAUGGGUCAGGAGAUCUUCCACUUGUUUGUGGCAUACAUUCAAAAGCCAGUGAUGCACUCAAAUCAUAUCUGAAGACAAAGUUUCAGUGUUUGCAUGAGGGAAUAGCACAUCACAAGAACCCAACACUCCUCAAUGAGAUCUACACUGAGCUCUACAUCACAGAGGGUGGAGAAAUAAAUAAUGAAAAUGAGAUCCGACAGACUGAAGCAUCGUGCACGAGAGCAGCAACAGAGCACACACCAAUUAAAUGCAAUGACAUCUUCAAACCCUUACCUGAACAAACUUUUACCCCAGAAAAAAACAUCAGAACUGUCCUGACAAAGGGUGAUGCUGGCAUCGGAAAAACAGUCUCUGUGCAAAAGUUCAUUUUGGACUGGGCUGAAGGGAAAGCAAAUCAAGACAUUCACUUGAUAUUUCCACUUCCUUUCAGAGAACUCAACUUGAUUAUGGAUCAAAAGCUUAGUCUUACUGAUCUUCUUCACAGCAUUUUUGCAGAAACAAAAGAAGUGGCCAUAUCUAAUGAUGAAUUUAAAUUUCUCUUCAUUUUUGAUGGUUUGGAUGAGUGUCGUCUGCCUCUGGAUUUUCAGAGUAAUGUGAGGUUGUGUGAUGUAAAUGAAUCAGCUUCAGUGGAUGUUCUGCUGACAAACCUCAUCAAUGGGAAUCUGCUUCCUUCUGCUCUCAUCUGGAUCACCUCCAGACCAGCUGCAGCUGAUCGCUUCUCUUCUGAGUGUGUUGAUCGAGUGACAGAGGUACGAGGCUUCAAUGACCCACAGAAGGAGGAAUACUUCAGGAAGAGAAUUAGUGAUCAGAUCCUGGCUAAUAAAAUCAUCACACACCUGAAGUCAUCAAGGAGCCUCUACAUCAUGUGUCAUAUACCAGUGUUCUGCUGGAUUUCAGCCACUGUUCUAGAGAGAAUGUUGAGUGAAGCAGAGAGUGGGGAGAUCCCCAAAACUCUUACUCAAAUGUACACACACUUUCUGAUUAUUCAAGCAAACUUUAAAAAUGAGAAAGACUAUGAUAACACAGUGACAGAUGAAGACAUGAUUCUCAAACUGGGGAAACUGGCUUUUCAACAGCUUAUGAAAAGCAGCUUGAUCUUCUGUGAGGAAGAUCUGAGAGAGUGUGGCAUUGAUGUUACGGUAGCAUCAGUGUACUCUGGAUUGUGCACUCAGAUCUUCAUGGAGGAGUUUGGACUGUGUCAAAGGAAGGUGUACUGCUUUGUCCAUCUGAGCAUUCAGGAACAUCUGGGAGCUUUAUAUGUUCAUCACUCCUUCACAAACCAUAACAUGAAUGUGUUUCACCAAAUUACUGAACCAACUCAUGAAGUAACUAAUACACAGAUUUCAAUGUCAGACCUGCACAAGAGAGCUGUGGAUGAGGCCUUAAAGAGUAAAAAUGGACAUCUGGACCUUUUUCUUCGCUUUCUUCUGGGGUUCUCCCUGAAGUCCAAUCAGACUCUCUUGCAAUGCCUACUGACACAGACAGGAGGACAUUUCGAAAGCCAAGAGGAAAUAGUCAAGUACAUAAAGAAGAAGAUAGAGGAAUAUACCACUCCAGCUAAAUUUAUCAAUCUGUUCCGCUGUCUUAACGAUCUGGGUGACAACACACUGGAAGAACAAAUUCAACGUUAUCUGAACGCUAGAGCUCUUACAACAGUGAAAUUCUCCCCCUUACAGUGGUCAGCUGUGGUGUUUGUUCUUCUGACUUCACAGAACUUGAAAAGGUUUGAGUUAAAGAAAUAUGCCUGGAAAACCAAAUGUGUACAAAUGGUGCAAGUUCUUCAGCAUCUACUACCAGUAGUUGAAGCAUCCACAUCAGCUCAGCUUGAUCACUGUGAACUGACAGCAAAAAGCUGUGCCCCUAUAGCCAAAGCUCUCAGCUCUGAGUCUUCAUGUUUAAGGGAAUUGAAUAUGAAUGGAAAUUGUCUGCAGGAUGAAGGAGUAAAGCUGCUCUCUGCAGGAAUACAGAAUCCUCACUGUAAACUUGAAAUACUGAGGCUGGGGGAUAGUGGUGUCACAGGUGAAGGUUGUGCUGCUCUGGCUUUAGCUUUGACAUCAAACCCCUCACAUCUAAAAAAACUGGAUCUGUCUAACAACAAUCUAGGAGAUUCAGGAAUAAAGCUGCAUGAUGUGCUGGAGAAUCCUCACUGUAAACUGGAGAUACUGAAGUUAGAUAAUUGCUGUAUAAGUAAUGAAAGUUGUGCUGCUCUGGCUGCAGCUCUGAGUUCAAACCCCUUAUACAUGAAAGAUCUGAAUCUGUCUAGAAAUAAACUAGGAGAUUCAGGAGUGAAUCUGCUCUUUGCUACACUGGCAAAUCCUCAAUGUAAACUGGAAAUUCUGAGGCUGAAAGAGUGUGGUCUUACAUAUGAAGGUUGUGCUGCUCUGGCUUUAGCUCUGAGAUCAAACACACACCUUAAAGAGCUGGAUUUGUCUAGAAAUAAACUUGGAGACACAGGAUUUAAACUACUCUUUGAUCUACCUGAGAAUCCUGACUUCAGACUUGAAGCACUGUGGCUGGUUGGUUGCAGUGUGACAGGUGAAGGUUGUGCUGCUCUGGGUUCAGCUAUGCUUUCAAACUUCUCAUGCUUAAAGGAACUGAAUCUCUCUGAAAACAAAAUUGGAAACUCUGGAGUGAAGCUGCUCUCUUCAGCGCUGGAGAAUCCUCACUGCAAAUUGGAGGCCCUGGGGCUGAAUUAUUGUGAUGUCACAGAUGAAGGCUGUUCUGCUCUGAUAUCUGCUCUGAAAUCAAGGUCUUCGUUCCUAAGAAAGCUGCAUCUGUGUGGGAAUAAACUUGAAGAUUCAGCAAAGGAACUCUAUGAUCUACAUACAGAUCCACAGUGUAAACUUGAAAAAGUAAAUUUAAACAUUAAAAGUGGAUCAUUUUCUCAAAGCUUUGAUCAGGAACAGAGACUGGAAUCACAGUGAUCCUCCUGCGCAGACUUAAAAAUAAUUCUCAUGUAUUUUAUAUCAUUGAUCAGCUAGCAAUAGGGGAAAACAGUGUGAUUUGUUUUAAAUGUGUUGCGGCGGCUGUUGGGCAUCAAUACUUGAGAGAGCCGCACUGAAAUCUGAACAUACUACUACAUCCUUUACACCCGUUUCAUUAAUCCAUCUUAAUGCCAUCACAAUUGCCAUCAUUUCCCCUGUGAACACUGAUAACUUAUCUGAUAUCCUUACCUUCCUUGAAAUUUGCAAUUUUGGUAUAACAAAUGCUAUACCUACUUGUCCACUACUUGGAUUCUUUGAUGCAUCCAUAAAUAUUUGAGUAAUAUGUCCAUACUUUCUCCACAAAUACUCCCUCACUCGGAUUACUUCAUGCUCACUCUGACCUUCUUUUUAUCUACAUUCCAGUAGUGUUAAAUCUACAAGUGGUUGAGGCAAAAUCCACAACGGAACAGCUGGCAGGAUCACUCUUGGUGUAAUUCUAAAAUCCUUUAUACCCAUCUCCUUUACUAGAUCCCCUACCACCCAACAGAAACUAUUUUUUUUUUCUUCCCAUACUCCCAACACUGAUCUAAUAAUUUUAAGGUGGGAUGUGAUUUGUCCUGUCCCUUAAGAUUUGCCCAGUAGACCACUAUCAGCUGUUGUCUUCUUACCCGAAGAUCUCACAGUAGGCUUCACCAUAUAUGUCUCUCUCACAGCGUGAACUACUCCUCUCUCACGCAUGCGCACUGCUUGACAGAGAGAACUCACACCACACAGAAUCCUCACUGUAAACUGGAGAUAAUGAAGUAUGUGAUCUUAAAAAAAUAAAAAGUACUACACUAAAAAAAUACUCAAGUAUGGUCUCUCUGGUUUUUUUCCCCCUGCAGGUUAGAUAAUUGCUGUAUAAGUAACAAAAGUUGUGCUGCUCUGCCCCCUGCCAUAGGGAUCUACCUAGGGCACCAGAAUGGUCUGAAAUGACCCUGCCUCAGGCUAUCCAUCUCAUGAACAGUUAAAACUGCCCCAUUGAGCAAUAAUUAAUGUGCAAUACACAGCUUCAUCUAUUUAUAUUUAUCCAACAUACCACACCUCUUCUGCCAUUACAUUCCCUUGCUUCUGUUUAUUACAUAUUUUUAUUUGUAUA